AUAGGUAGGGAUUUACGGUCAGGUUGACACACUGACACAAGAGACAAGAGAGUUGAUAAGCACAGAGUUGAUAGGACAAGAGUGCGAUCAGUCAAGAGAUGAACAGUAACGGCGCCAAUUCUGACGCAGCAAAUCCGCUAGAGGACGUACAUGUGGAGGUAGAGCACAUACAACCAGAGGAAGAGGAGAAUGACGAAGACUCUGGUGAGACUGACGGGGAGAUAACGAGCGAGAUAGACGGGGGUAAUGUCGGCCAAGGCAUGGGCAUGGGUCCUUAUAGCGGUAACAGCACACACCUCAUGCCACCACCUCCACAGCUACUGCAGCAACAAAAGGUCCAACUCUUUACAAGAGUGCAGGGAAAGAGAACAGUGAUACUUCCACACCAGAAGAAGAUUCUUGAGGAGUUCUACAAGACUGGCAUGGUUAGUGCUUCACAUAAUCUCCACCAUUUACAUGAGGCAGCGGCUGACCAGACUGGACUUGAGCUAUACGUCAUUAAGAAUUGGGUACGCAAUCGAAGACGACCCUCUGCAGCUCAGAAAAGACAAGAGAUUCAAGAAGUGGGAACCCAGCUAGCUAACAACUCUCAGCUUAUACAGCAGCAUUCUCCACUCACCACCCUUUCCAAUAUUCCCAUCUCCAAUAGCAUCACUACUGUCACUUUACCAAACCCUAUUCAUGCCCCUCAUACUCCACCAAUACUAACGAUACCUGAGGCUAAACGAAUAUGUUUCGAUGGCUCAAACUCGUCAAAAAUCGCUACAGUCAAAGUCCGUAUAGCUGAUAGUGGUGAAACUGAUUUCAUUGAAGUUGACAUCCAGACUUUCUCAUACAUUGACCUACUGAGGAAUAUUUGUGAAGAACUGGAAGUAUCGCCAGACGACGUGUCAAAGAUACGCAAACUACCCAACGUCCUUAUAAGGAAAGACAAGGACAUCAGUAGACUAGAGAAUGGACAGGAGCUAGAACUGGUACUCAAAGGUGGAGGAGCGGGUAAUUCUUCGAUCCAACAAACCUUGAUGACACUUAAUCCCUUCCCUGGUACAUCAUCAGUACAACUUAUUCCAUUAAUGAGUACAGCUGACAGUAACACGCUAUUGACGCUGGAGAAUACAGGACAGGGGAAUGAGAGUGCCGGUAGCAAUCACUCUUGAAAUUGAAGCAGGAUAAAAGUUCCAAAAAAUAUAUUCAUUUUGUAUACAGUAAACAUUGUAAAUAACAAAUUUCUCUAAUAUUAUAAUACAUAAUAGAGACUCGCUUUAUAACAAAAGUGUAAAAUAUUUUCUAA